UCUGCAUUGCAGCUUUAUAAGCAAUAUACCAUUAGUGGUGUUUUAGUUAAAAAUGUUAUCGACAGCUUGGAUAUUCACCGGAUGGACGGUGGUUGGAACGUCUGUUACUUUGUUCGGCUUUUUAUUUUUCUACGAUACAAAAACCCCUGGAAAUAUAACGAGCACAACAACCACAGCAGCGCCCGAAACAUCUACUAACUUGAUAGUUACGACUUUACCUACAAUUUUGAACACUACUGUUUUCGAAAGUACAAGCAGUAUAAGCACUACAAGCAAUACUUCAAUAUUUAGUUGCGGGAGACCACCAAUAGUUGGACGAAGUGCAGAGGCGUUAGAACCUGUUCUUGGACCUUUUCUGGUGGCAAUUUUAAAAGGAAGAAUAAUAGGUGGAAGCACAGCAUUGGAAGGUCAGUGGCCAUGGAUGUCUUACAUUUAUGAACGAGCAAAUGGGAUAAAGGAUGGUGGAGUAUGCGGGGGUACUUUGGUCAACGAAAGAUGGGUUGUUACUGCAGCGCAUUGCUUCGGGACCAUAUCGCCGGAUUUGUAUAGCGUUAUAUUCGGACGACAUAACACAAGUGUUGUAUCGGGAAAUGAAAUCCAACGAAGUAUUAUACAGAUAAUUGUCCAUGGCCAAUACAAUAGUUUGAACUUCAACAACGACAUAGCUUUGAUAAAGACAAACGAGUCAGUUACGUUUAGUGAAUAUGUAAGACCAGCUUGUAUUGUGGACAACAACACUCGAACGGACAACACGUUUGAACCGACGUUUGCUGGUUCUAUUUGCACAAUUCUUGGUUGGGGGUUGACUGCUUCACCAAGAGGGUCGCGUAGUGACGUACUGAUGCAACUGAACGUGGUCGUCACCCCCCGUAUUUUAUGCGAGGAACAAACUCUUGUGCAUUCAACGUCUUACAACAAUCGUAUAGUAACGACAAGGGACCCGAAGUUUUGUGCUGGAGGGAUAGCUGGAGAGGAUUCAUGUAAUGGUGACAGUGGCGGACCUUUGCUGUGUCUACACCCCGAUGGCUCGUAUUACUUACAUGGUAUAACUUCAUACGGAACUACUAUAUGUGGGCAAGCACAAAAACCAGGAAUAUACACAAAGGUGGAAAAUUUUACAAGUUGGAUCGAGAUGAACACAAGAGUAUAAAUAAUAGACUUAUAAAAACACUUGCAGUUUUGUGUUUCGAAGAUAUUCUAUCCGGUUUCAGUCUGUGUUUUUAAAUACAAACAUACACUUUAACCGAAACAUAGUAUUUAAGGUGCAAUAAAAUUCCAGUUCUUAA